GAAUUUGCUCUUGUUUUCAGCUGGGUGAUUAGAGAGGACUAUAACGAUAUACAUACAGUCCUCAGUCACUUGCGAUAAUUUCCAACUCUUUUAUACUUAAAGAUCUAUUACGAGAAGAAAGAGGAAAAAGUGUGUGCAUUGGACAUCACACUACGAGGGCUCGGGUGUUGCCAGGCGUGUGAAAAAUCCAUGCGUUUCGAGCGGAGACCAACAGGUGUUAUUGAACAAACUUACAUGCGUGAUCCCUUUCAGUGUCGAGAUAAAAGCCAAUAAUUGAACUUCACACAGCAAGGCGCAGUGUAUGAAUGGAAUGUUCAUGAGUGACAUGAACUUCCCAGGAGAGUGCACCGCGUCAGGACAAUGCAAGCUGCCUUUGAUAUCGGCAGCCACGGCUAAGUUGGGAUUUUAGCUCCUGGGCUUCCCAUGACACUGCCUGCGGUGCGAACGCAAGGAAUCCAUUUCGAAGGGCGCCUCCGCACGAAUCCCGCCGCCCGAGCGUCCCUCGGAAGCCCCCCCCCCCCCCUGGCCAUGAGCGUCGACGCCAAGCUCCCCCCCGCGGCCAUGGCCUCCUGCCUCCCCGACGACCGCCGCCGCAGCUACACCGACUUCGAGAUCGAGAGCAGCCACCGCGUGGCCCGCCCGCAGGUCAUCGCGCAGAACGGCCUCGCCUCCCUCCCUCCGGACUCGGACAUCCCCAAGGGCGUGAGCCUCCGGCGCGCCAAGUCCCUGCGCGACGGCCGCAAGGAGGUCCGCCCGAAGCGGUACUCCGUCAACUUCGACCUCCCGGUCCGCGGCCGCAGCUACGACGCCGACAUCGACGUCUCGGCGCUGGGCGGGCCGCAGGCGCCGCCCAAGCCCCCGCGCGCUAACAUCCCUGAAGAGGACGAGGACGAGGAGGAGGCGCGGGAGGCCAGAGAAAGGCACAGCGGCGCCUUCAACAGCGUCGCCCUCAGGAAAAGCCUGGUUGACGGCCUCGAGAAGGUGCGGCGGCUGAGCGGCAUCGAGAGCGACCCCUCGAGGCCGAGCGAGAGGAGGACCUCGAGGGAGAGCGGGGCCUACGUCAAGUACCGCAACGAGGACGGCGACUGGCAGCAGCACAAGGUGCGCCGCGUGUCGCAGUUCGAGGCCUGCGACUUCACCUUCAAGGUGAUGUUGAUCGGUGACUCAUGCGUGGGAAAGACCUGCAUUCUCACCAGGUUCAAAGACGGAACGUUUCUGUCCGGGUCUUUCAUCUCCACCAUCGGCAUUGACUUCAGGAAUAAAGUGGUGACCGUGGACGGGUCAAAGGUCAAGCUGCAGAUUUGGGACACGGCAGGCCAGGAGAGGUUCAGAAGCGUCACCCAUGCCUACUACAGGGACGCUCACGCUCUCCUUCUCCUGUACGACGUGAUGAGCAAGACCAGCUUCGACAACACGAGGGCGUGGCUUGGCGAGGUGCACGAGUACGCCCAGGACGACGUCGUCAUCAUGCUGAUCGGCAACAAGUGCGACGUGAACGGCGAGCGUGUGGUGCGGCGCGAGGACGGAGAGCGACUGGCCCGCGAGUACAACGUGGCCUUCAUGGAGACGUCGGCCAAGACGGGCCUCAACGUCGACCUCGCCUUCAUGGCCGUCGCCAGAGAGCUGAAGGCGCGCAAGUCGAACAACCCGAACGAGCGCAAGUUCAACGUGGCCGACUACGUGCGCCAGGAGGCCAAGAGCGACGGCUGCGUCUGCAACGUUGGCUAAGGACAGGAACACGAAGACGCAACGUUAACCAUCAAACGUUUUUUUUUUUUUAUUCAGUGAUGACGCUUUGUCCUUGAAUUUGGCGGUCCAGCAGGGCGCUAGUCUGUUCCGUGUCUGUCAGUGUCUGUGGCGGCGCAGAUAGACCCAAGACAGGGAGGUCGGCUGGAGUGAGAUUUGUGUCUGUCUUUAUAUGAAAACGGCGUCUGUUUCUGUGUCGAAGGGCGGGAGGGAUGUCUUGUAUGGCAGGCUUGGCUUUUAGCGGAGGUGCUUCAGUGUCUUGUAUCUGGAAGGUUCUGUUUAUUGGGACAGUCAGGCCGUACGUGUACAUAGGGCCGAGAGAGCAUUUUGUGUCUGUGGAGGUGUCUGGGCCUAAGCAUUCGGAGUCUCUCUGUCGGAGCUCUGGCAGUCGAUUCGAAGUAUUAUAAUAAUACGAAGUUUUGGAUACUGUAAAUCAGGGGUACAAGUCAUAACGUAAAGCCAUAUAGUAAGAAAUACAAGAUACUAAAUAUAUGAAAUAUAGCAACGCUGAUCUGCAGUGUGCCCGCAGAUAUACGUAAUUUUGCGCGUAACAAAUGAUACAACUCACUCUAGGGAAAUUCCAUGAAGAAAAUAAGGAAUAAGGCUGAGAGAGCAGGUAGGGCUGCUGUUGUCGGUGUCCAACACCAAAUUGUUUCCCAAAUUUCACGAAACCGGUAGCCGCGAGAACCUACUAAGGAUGGACACGUAUUAGAGACCGGACAGCGUUGAGACAUCCGGAUAAACGGGAAGUCAGACGAUAUAGCAAAGAUCCUCAAUUCAGAUGAAAGCGUUGGCUGAAGAUUUGCCGUUCUUGGUGUCAAAUCUUGCUCCUUUCACGGAAAAUGACACAUAAAAGGACUGUACACACAAGAAACACGAAAGGCCAAAGUUGUUCACCCGAUGUAGAUACAGAUACGUCCAUUUUAUAACACGUGUAUUUAUUACGACAAGGUUCUUCGCUUGCAGGCAAAUGAUUGUAUGUAUAAAUAACCACAUAUUUAUUUGAACGAAAUACCUGCUUGCAAAGACUCGUAGCCAAAGGUAUAAACAUAAACACAAACUUCCACAGAAAACCGGGUAAUCCUACAUCCCAGGACAAUAAAGAGGAUAUAAUCACAUAUAAACACGUCAUUAUGUUAUCUCUACAGUAUGGUGUGCAAGAGUGAUAUUACUUGCUAUGAAAAUUUACUGACCUUCAGUGGUGGUAAUGGUUGAAAUUACUUGCUAUGAAAAUUUACUGACCUUCAGUGUCAAUAAUGAUACAGUUAAUCCUAUUGCGUUUAUACAAGGUUCAGACAAAAGCACAAUAGAGUUUUCAUGUAAUAUCCCGAUAUUUUUUUUGUAUGUCUGUAAUUAUUUGUUUUCAUCUGUAUCUUGCAGAUAUAUGAUUUGUUCGUGUAAAGUUUGAAAAAAUA